UGUUUGAGUGCACGUGGUUUGACCGCGUGGCGUAUUGCUGUCGCCAUUUUAGUUAUAUAGAGUGUUGGUUUUAGAGGGAAACUUUAUCCCUCUGGAAAGAUAAAAUGAGUGAUGAAGACAAGGACGUUGAUGUCGAAAGUGACGAUGAAGACACAGAGGAAGGAUAUCCAUUCUCUGAUGAGAGUGAUAGAGGACCUCUGAAGAAUGGAAGCAACCAGUUUCCUAGCCAGGCAGAAAAAAGAGCUCAUCACAAUGCACUUGAAAGAAAAAGACGAGAUCAUAUAAAAGAUAGUUUCAGCAGCUUGAGAGAUGCAGUGCCAUCUCUACGAGGAGAAAAGGCUUCAAGAGCACAAAUCUUGAAGAAAGCUGCAGAUUAUAUUCAGUUUAUGAGAAGAAAAAAUUCAUCCCAUCACCAAGACAUUGAUGACUUGAAAAGACAAAACCGAUUGUUAGAAGAUCAGAUCCGAUCUUUGGAAAAAGCCAAGGCCACAGGGAACUUUACUGCUUCUACAAUGCUAGACACAAAUCACUUCAACAGCAAAGGAGAUGCAAUAUCAGCUUUUGAUGGAGGAUCAGGUUCAGAAAGCUCAGAUACAGAGGACUCAGGACAGAGUCAUCGUAAAAAAAUGAAGAUUAGUCCUUCCUCUACUCCUGCCUAGAAAUGUGCCAUCUUUAAACAAGGUGUAUCGUGGGGUGUGUUGAUGGUACCAGCGGCCUCUCCAACUGCCUUCAUCUACCUACGUUGUUUUGUUUGUUAUGUACUAUAUAAAUAUAUAUAUAUAUAUCUCCUAGGGAAGAAAUCUGUGAAUAUUUAAUUUACUGGUUUGGCAGUCCAUGAGGCCAACUCAUGACUUUAAAGAAGUGAUGUAGGGAACAAGCUUUCAACCAAUAAAAGUUGUAUUUAUUGUAUUACUAGAUAAAAAUCAUUAUGAAUCAUAGAUUUUGUAUAAUUCACAUGACUUCUAGAUUCUUCUCAGUAAGUCAUAUUUAAAUUGUGUUAGAAAAUAUAGAAACGUUGUAUUUUCAGAUUAAGUUUUGAUGAAUGUUACUCCCUUCAUAAAUGAGAGAUGAAACCAAAUAACCACUGGUACCAUUCAGAAAGUGAUUGUUUCUGGAACCAUAGAUUUUUCAAGUGAGACUGACACAUCCAAAACCCUAAAGCACAAAAUGAUGACUUAAUCUUAUUAUUGUCUAUAGAAUAAAACUGUCAUGUUCAAAGUUUAUAUAAUAUAAUUGUAAACAUUGUUAUGUGAUUAGUGACUUUCUUCUUUUGUAUAUUUUAUUCAGAAUAAAUCUGUUGUCUGUGAUAAGAGA